GAUUUUGGAACACUGCAAGCCCUGUGGUCUGUAUUUAUCGAAGGAACAAUCAACACAAUCAACAUGCGACGCCUCCCUUCCCGGUUGAGUUAUCUGUUCCUACACUUCUUCGCAUUCUGUUACUAUGCUCAGGUAACCAAUCAGUCCUCGCCUAAUUUCACGCAGCAUGUAAGCGAGCAGAGCAAGGUGACAGACCGUGUGAGCCGCAGGUUAAUUCGGACCUAUCAACUUUACAGCCGAACCAGCGGGAAGCAUGUGCAGGUUCUGCCCAACAAGAAGAUCAACGCCAUGGCAGAAGAUGGAGACAUACACGCCAAACUCGUCGUAGAGACGGACACGUUUGGAAGUCGCGUGCGGAUUAAAGGAGCAGAGACAGGAUUCUACAUCUGCAUGAACAAGAAGGGAAAGCUGAUCGGGAAGAAAAAUGGGCAAGGCCGCGACUGCAUCUUCUCAGAGAUUGUCCUGGAGAAUAACUACACGGCGCUGAGGAACGCACGCUUCGAGGGUUGGUACAUUGCUUUCACCAGACGUGGACGCCCCCGGAAAGGCUCGCAAACACGGCAGCAUCAACGCGAGGUCCAUUUUAUGAAACGACUGCCUCGGGGAUCCAAUCCCACUCACCCGGCCCAGCACAAGGCCUUUGACUUCGUCCACUACCCCUUCAGCCCCAGGACUAAACGCACACGCUACUCAGCCGAAGGCUGAGGGGGGCAGAGAGGGUGAGACAGAGGAUAAAAAACAAUGACUGAAGCUAGAAUUAACUCCUUUCCAAAACCUCUAGAGACAUUUGUUUUGUACUGAGCGUUACUAUACCUAACAUGUAGUUUUUCUAUUUU